UCGGUGGAAUGGCAUUUUUCCAGGCAGGAGGAGAGAGACAGCGUGUUGUGGGGGCACGCUGGCUGUGGGCACAGCUCUUGCUGCUGCUGCUACUGCUGCAGCUGUUGCCCUCCGCGCUCGCCUUCUCACGUGGAGCUGACCCUGCUGCCUGCCUGGAUGGGAGGCCUCGACACGUCGGGGCGCGGACCCAGCCUCCCGGCACCGCGGCCGCUCGAAUCGUCCUGGGCAAGGCGCGGUACCGGCCCGGGGAACACGUGCCGGUGAUCAUUAGGAGCUCGCGGGACUUCAUGGGGUUCUUGUUGCAGGCGAGGAGCGUCCCCACGCCCCGUGUGUCUGGAGACAGCGGCCCGGGAGACGUGCGCUUGGUGGGGACGUUCACGCACCGCCCAGCGGGGACGCAUCUCCUGCGCUGCCCCGCGUGGGGGCAGCCCCCGGGAGACGGGGGGCAGCCGCAGCUGGCGCAGGGCGGAGCGAGCGUCACGCACACGGACAAGUCGCUCAAGCGGAACCUGUCGUUCGUGUGGCGAGCGCCCGUGGACGGCGCACACGGAGACGUGAGGUUCAUGGCCUCUAUUGUGCAGUCCUACUUCGUGUUUUGGUCCGACGUGGAGUCGCCCAUCCUGCGCGCUCACCACGACCCCAGCGGCGACGACAGCGUCCAAAACGAGAUCGACCUCGCUGCUGAUGAUGGCGGAGGUGACGGGAAAGGGAUGGAGAGGCAGAUGGAGCUGCUGGAGCUGCUAUAG